CCGCUCCGCAGCUCAGCCCGAGGAGGAGCUCCGCGGGCCGGCGGGAGUCAGUCACACCGCCCGGAGAGCCGAGCCUCCACCUGCGGGGAUUUAACAGCAACGUGGAAACUUUUUAAAAUCAGAUUUGAGAAAGUCUCGGAUCCUCUGCGGGUCUGCGCCACGGUCAGCCAUGAGUCUGUGGACUAACGGCUCCUCCGUGGAUCUGUUCCCCGGGACAAAGACCCCUCCGCCGGACUCCAACUCCUCCAACCGCACCGUCGGGCCCCCCGGAGCCGCCCCGCUGGACCUGAGCCGGGCGGUGCCGGUCGGCAUGGUGCUGGCAUCCUUCAUCAUGUUCGCCAUCGUCGGGAACAUCCUCGUCAUCCUGUCCGUGGUCUGCAACCGACACCUGCGGAUCCCCACCAACUACUUCAUCAUCAACCUGGCCAUCGCCGACCUGCUGCUGGGCACCACCGUGCUGCCCGUGUCCGCCACCCUGGAGGUUUUGGAUUAUUGGGUGUUUGGUCGGAUCUUCUGCGAUAUCUGGGCGGCGGUGGACGUCCUGUGCUGCACGGCGUCCAUCAUGUCCCUCUGCGUCAUCUCCAUCGACCGCUACAUCGGAGUUCGCUACCCACUGCAGUACCCGACUAUCGUCACAGAGCGGCGGGCGCUGCUCGCCAUGCUGGGUGUCUGGAUCCUCGCCAUCAUCAUCUCCAUUGGCCCGCUCCUUGGCUGGAAGCAGCCGCCGUCACAGGACGACACCGUGUGCCUCAUCACCGAGGAGCCGUUCUACGCCCUCUUCUCGUCCCUCGGCUCCUUCUACAUCCCGCUCGCCGUCAUCCUCGCCAUGUACUGCCGCGUCUACAUCGUUGCCAAGCGCACCACCAAGAACCUGGAGGCCGGCAUGAUGAAGGAGCGUGCGGAGGACUCCAGCGAGCUCACGCUGAGGAUCCACUGCAGGAACCAGCAGAUCCAGGAGCUGUGCCCCGCCUCCAAGGCCAGCGGGGGCGGGGCCUCGACCGGACGCAGCUCACUCGCCGUCAAACUGCUUAAGUUCUCCCGAGAGAAGAAAGCAGCCAAGACGCUGGGUGUGGUGGUGGGCAUGUUCAUCCUGUGCUGGCUGCCCUUCUUCCUCGCUCUGCCUAUCGGCUCAUUCAACAGCAGCCUGCGUCCUCCUGAAACCUUCUUCAAAGUCAUCUUCUGGUUGGGAUACUUCAACAGCUGCUUGAACCCAAUCAUCUACCCGUGCUACAGCCGCGAGUUUAAACAGGCCUUCAUCCGAAUCUUGCGCUGCCGCUGGAAGAGGAAGCGUCAGGAUUUGCAGGCGUACUACAACUACCGUGGCCAUCAGGGCUCCAACAACUCGUCCUUCAUGAAUGGCAGCCAGCAGACGUUGUCCUCCGUCAGCCCAAGUCCGCUCUGCGUCACAUCCAGGCUCCGCCCACUGCCGUGGCCGUCUUCCUCCUCCUCAGACAGAGACCUCCUCCCUGGAUCGGUGGCGGAGCGAGGACGGCUGAGCCCGCGGCCUACACUCGCUAAAAAAGCCGGGACGGGGCGGAGCAUGGGAGUGGGACGAGGGACGUCAAUGAACGGGGAUGCUUCUGUCUGAGCCGCACAGGAAUCUGGAACGCUAGCUGCAGCCUCAGAUGGCAACGCCCCUCCCUGCUGUUAACAGGAAGUGGCUUUAAAAACACUGAAUGCACAAAACGCUCUUUCCGCCCAGGUGUGACGACCGGACCUGAACGUGGGUGGAGCUCCUCACCUGCUACAAACACGAUGUUGCGACAUGCGGCGGGUUUCUGGCAGUUCACGGCUGUCCACGACACUUAAGACUUCAGCACGAAACCUUUAAUGUGAAAAUCCAAGCAUCCUGCUUCUUUUUUUCAUAUCAAAACAUUAAGAUAAUAAAUCCAAAUUUCUCCUAAAACAAAAACUUUGUUUUAAUGGAAAAAAUGAAAAAAGAAACAGCACAGAUGUUAAAAAAGUAAACAUUUUAUUUAUUCACUUAUUGACGAGGUGUUUAUUUUAUUCAAAUAAAUCAAACUUAAAACACUUAAUGCUUAUUUAACCCUACUACUUCUUCUUCCUGCUCACAGUCCAGCUUAAACGUUCGUUACGCCCCCUGCUGGACUGGACUGAGAAUGAGUUUUUCAGGAAAAUAACAAAAUAAUAUACAAACAUGAAUAUUUUGGUUUCUUAAGGAAAUUCUAAAACUUCUUAAGAAAAUCUUCUUAAAGCGCUUAACGUAAUUUUGUUUCACAAUUUAUCUUUUGUUUGUUUUUAAAGACUUUUAUUCUGAAGGUCUCUUAACUCAAAGUCAAAGUAGUUGGUCAUGAAGGGCUCUUAUUGUUAAGGUCUGACGUCACCGAUUAGUUAAAGACUUUUAUUGUAUAAAGCUGCGCCUGGUGGUCGUCUGAGGAACUGCAGCUAAAAACACUAAUACUGAAAUAUUUAUUUUAGAACAAAAAGUGUAAAAAGAAAAAAAUCCAAACUUCUUAAAAACAACUUGAUUUUUAAUCAAAACGUUGAAUCUACAAUCUUAACACGUUUAUUUAUGAUUAUUUGUACUUUAUUUAUAUUUCCAUACUUCUGUUGUUGUAAUAAGUGACCUCACUGUAAAUUAAAGUCAUUCAUCUAAUAAAUAAAAUACUUUUAUGGGUUAAUU